GCUGCCGCUGCGGCUGCCGCGGUGCCGAGGGGGUGAGGGGGGCCCGCGGGGGCGGAGGAGGAGCGCGGCGGCCCCGCCGCCCGGCGAUGGGGCUGUGCCUCGGCCGGCCCUGCGCCGCCCGGCCGCGCAGCAGCGCUUAGCUCGCCCUCAGCUGCCGCAGCCCUCGCCGCGGGGCUGCCGCCUCGGAUGACCCAGCGGCGGGAUCCGCCGGCGAGUGCAGCCGCAGGGCGCCGCAGCCGCCGCCUCUCCCCAUCCUCCUCGUCCUCCUCGUCCUCCUCCUCCUCGUCCUCCUCCUCCUCGCCCAUGGCCGCCCGCCGCCCCCGCUGACCGGCCGCCCCUCGCCUCCUCCCCGGCCGGGGUCGGCUGGAGCAGAGAAGAUGGGGAACACCACCUCCUGCUGCGUCUCCUCCAGCCCCAAGCUGCGCAGGAAUGCCCACUCCCGGCUGGAGUCCUACCGCCCCGAGGCCGACCUGAGCCGGGAGGACACGGGCUGCAACCUGCAGCACAUCAGCGACCGGGAGAACAUCGACGAUUUGAACAUGGAAUUCAACCCAUCAGAUCAUCCACGGGCCAGUACAAUAUUUCUCAGUAAAUCUCAAACAGAUGUGAGAGAAAAACGCAAGAGUCUCUAUAUAAACCACCAUCCUCCUGGGCAGUUGAGAAGGAAGUACAGUUCCUGCUCCACUAUUUUCCUGGAUGACAGCACAGUCAGUCAACCAAACCUCAAGUAUACCAUCAAAUGUGUAGCUCUUGCAAUAUAUUACCACAUCAAAAACAGGGACACAGAUGGAAGAAUGCUCUUAGAUUUUGAUGAAAACCUUCAUCCCCUUUCGAAAUCCGAAGUGCCACCAGAUUACGACAAACAUGAUCCAGAGCAGAAACAGAUUUACCGCUUUGUUCGGACGUUGUUCAGUGCUGCUCAACUGACUGCUGAAUGUGCCAUUGUCACCCUGGUAUAUCUUGAAAGACUUUUAACGUUCUGCAGAGAUAGAUUUUGUCCAGCGAACUGGAAGCGAAUUGUACUGGGUGCAAUUCUACUGGCAUCCAAGGUUUGGGACGACCAAGGCGGUGUGGAAUGGGAUUACUGCCAGAUCCUGAAAGAUAUCACGGUCGAAGACAUGAAUGAGCUGGAACGCCAGUUUCUUGAGCUGUUGCAGUUCAAUAUUAAUGUUCCCUCCAGUGUUUAUGCCAAGUAUUAUUUUGAUUUGCGUUCCCUGGCAGAAGCGAAUAACCUGAGUUUUCCUUUGGAGCCCCUCAGCAGGGACAGGGCAUGUAAGUUACAGGCCAUUUCCCGCUUGUGUGAAGAUAAAUACAAGGACUUCAGGAAAUCUGCAAAGAAACGGUCAGUCAGUGCUGACAAUCUGACUGUGGUUAGAUGGUCGCCUGCUAUUAUCUCCUAA